AAAAAAAAACGCGCCUCCGAACAACCGACCCAACCCAGAUCCACCCUGUUCCGUGUGUUACCCAACGGCGGCGCUACCCCUGUCGUCGUCUUCCCGCACGCGUCCGACUCGUCCGAGCGCCGCCCUCCCCCGGCCCCCAGCCUCCAACCUCCAGCCUCCCCUCCCCCUCAUCUCCGUCUCCCGCGCCGCCUACGAGGUAGGGUAAGGUCUUAGGGUUCCGGCAAGAUGGGUGAACGUAAGGUGCUGAACAAGUAUUACCCGCCGGAUUUCGACCCGUCGAAGAUCCCGCGACGGCGGCAGCCCAAGAACCAGCAGAUCAAGGUGCGCAUGAUGCUCCCCAUGAGCAUCCAGUGCGCUACCUGCGGGACAUACAUAUACAAGGGCACCAAGUUCAACUCCAGAAAGGAGGACGUCAUCGGAGAGACGUACUUGGGAAUACAAAUAUUUAGGUUUUACUUCAAGUGUACUAAGUGCUCUGCUGAGAUCACAUUCAAAACAGAUCCUCAGAAUUCUGACUACACAGUGGAAUCGGGGGCUAGUCGCAAUUUUGAACCUUGGCGUGAUCAGGAUGAGGCAGCAGACAAAGAAAAGAGGAAACGAGAUGCUGAGGAGAUGGGUGAUGCAAUGAAAGCGUUGGAAAAUAGAGCAAUGGAUUCAAAACAGGAUAUGGACAUUCUUGCUGCUUUGGAAGAGAUGCGGUCCAUGAAGUCUAGACAUGCUGGUGUCUCUGUUGACCAGAUGCUUGAAAUUCUAAAGCGUUCGGCUCAUGGGAAGGAGGAAAAAGCAAUUGCAGAACUUGAUGAAGAAGAUGAAGAACUUAUCAAAUCAAUCACUUUUCGAAACUCUGGAUUUUAUGUAAAGCGGAUUGAAGAUGACGACGACGACGACGACGAUGACGAUGACGAUUUGGUCCCUGGCCAAUCGAGUAGAACAAUAAAGACCAAUGGAUCUUCUGAACCUGUGACAAAGCCAACAGAUGUUUUAAGCAAAACUAAUGGAUCGGAGGGUGCCAAUAAAGAAGGGAGCAAGAGCUGGAUGCCCAAAUUUAUUGUAAAGCCGAAGUCUGCUAGCGCAGAUCCUCAUAAGAAACAGAAGAUUGAAUCCAUGGCUGUCCAAGACAACGGGAAAGGCCUAGAUGAUGAACAAAAAGGUGAAUCUGCGAAGCAAACCAAUGUUCUCCAGUCCCUGUGCCAGAACUAUGAUAGCGAUGAUAGUGAAUGAGGACACCCCUCUUGAAGCCAUGACAGUCCUGGUUGCCAAUGCUGUAUCAGUCAUCAUUACACCAGAGGUUGACAUGUAGUUCCCCAAACCACUGUGGCAUUGUGCCAUCAUUGUACAUCAUAUCUGUCACAAAUCUCUGAUUGUCAAUGGCUCAACAGCAAGCAUUGACUGUAACAAAUCUGGGCUAUCCAGAUAAAACUGUGUCAUUGGAUAUCUGAAAGGGUUAAGACUUCAUUUGUAAAAAUGAUAGUUGCAGAAAGUUCAAUCUGCAGUUUUCACAAGCUUUUAUGCAGCAAGAGUGAGGUGGUCCAUCUUCUCAACUCACUUUUUUUU